AUGCAACGGUAUCUAUCCAAAAUUCACCAACUCACCGCGUACUUCGAGUCUUUCGAAAUCCAAAGAAUCCCCCGCUCCCAGAAUAGGCGGGCUGACGCCUUAUCCCGGCUGGCUUCCACAUCAUUUUCUGACCUCAACAAGACCGUCUUAGUGGAAGUGCUGAGCGAGCCGGGAUACAUGGAAGAGGUGGCUUACCCUGUAAAAUCGGGAGAUACAUGGAUGAGCCCGUUCAUCCUUUUCUUAGGGCAGGGAAUCCUCCCCGAGGAUCGAGCCGAGACGAGAAAGAUACAACGCAAAGCCGCUCGGUACGCUUUCCGCGAUGGAGAACUGUAUAAACGCUCCUACCUUGGCCCGUGGCUGAGAUGCGUUACGCCCGAGGAAGGACGUCGGGUUCUCCAUGAGGUACACAAAGGCCUAUGUGGGGCUCACGUCGGCCAUAGGAUGUUGGCCAAGAAGACCUUGCUCCUUGGGUAUUUCUGCCCUUCCGUUCGACAGGAUGCCCAAAAUCUUGUUCUCGGCUGCCCAUCCUGUCAAACCCACGCCCCGAGCACCACCAGCCCUCAAACUUCAUGGUUCCAAUCACCUCACCCUGGCCGUUUGAGCAAUGGGAGACAGACAUCAUUGGCCAUUUCCCAAAAGCGGUCAGGAUUAUACCUUCCUGACAAUGGGAGACAGUUUGCCGAGAACCCAUUUAAGACUUGGUGCGAGAACCUCGGCAUCAAACAACACUUUACUUCGGUAGGCCACCCUCAGGCCAACGGUCAAGCAGAGAAUUUCAACCGAACUCUCUUGCAUGGCCUCAAGACCCGACUACACCGAGCUGGAUCAUCUUGGGUGGAAGAACUCCCCAGUGUCCUGUGGUCAUAUCGGACCACGCCGAGGUCAUCCACGCAAGAGACCCCCUUCUCCUUGACCUAUGGAGCCGAGGCUGUCAUCCCUGCUGAGAUCCUUACACCCAGUCCUCGGCUGGCAGCCUAUGUAGCCGAGGUGAACGGAGAAGAGAGACAGUUGGAUCUCGACCUCAUCGACGAGAAAAGGGACAUUGCCUCAGCUCGGGUAGCUUCCUACAAGAAUACCCUGGCCCACUAUUAUAAUGCCCGCGUCAAACAUCGGCGAUUCCUGCCAGGAGACUUGGUUCUCAGAAAAAACACAGUCAGCCGAGCUGAAUCGCAAGGAAAAUUAUGCCCAAAAUGGGAAGGUCCUUACCAAGUCGUAGAAUCUAAUCUUAGUGGGUAUUGUAAAUUGAGCUACCGAGAUGGCUCUCUAGUGCCGAGAACCUGGCACGCCGAGAACCUUAGAUUGUAUUAUGCUUGA